UGUAGUCUUUCCUCACUCCCUCACUUUGAGAUAGAAGAGAGGAAAGAGAGUACAGGAGGCGGGAGGCAUGAGAUAACGUGACUUUUACACACACACUUGUCCGGUAAAGGAGAGCAUUCAGUUUUUGAGAACUCUCCAGAAAGUGAGGAAGCUUGUCGGACGUGGAUAGACUCUUUGGAGGAACGUUUAAAUCUUUAAAUCUUCAGCGAAAGGUGAGUCGGGACUUUAAAACCUUGAGAAAUGGACUCAAUAAGAUAAUUAGACCUCGAACACACUUUGUCGACACAUAUUUCUCCGGUGAACUUUAUCGUCAAAAUGUUUCUUUGGUCAACUUUAGCGUCAAAUGUUGCGCGGUGAAACCAGUCCAGCCUGCUCGGCGGAGACUUUGGAGACAGUUUGACUUGCAGGUAAACUGUCCGUAGAGGAGCGCAGUGCAAAAAGAAAAAAUAAAGAAGAAGACAGCCAAGACGUUUUGACCACCAUGUCUGGUGUAAGUAAUGCCCACAUGAAAACCUUGGAGGACCUGACUUUGGACUCUGGCUAUGGAGCGGGAGACUCCUGCAAAUCCCUCAGCCUGUCCUCCUCCAAGUCAAACUCCCAGGCCGUCAUGACGACCCCUCACCGGGGCAACUGGUGGUACUACUCGGGCUCUAUGAACAGCAGGAACAACAGCUGGGACACGGUCAACACUGUCCUCCCUGAGGACCCAGAGGAUAUCUUCUCCAAGUGUCCUCGCCUGCCCGAACUGGAAGAGUUCCCCUGGGCAGAGGAGGAUGUGGCCAGGAUACUUCGCCAAGUGGCUGAAAGUGGCGUUACAAAGGGUGGACACACACCUGUGUUCACCACGGAGGCUGUGAGGCGCUUGUCUGCCCUCCUUCGCAAGGCUCUCAUCCGCAUCUCCAGGGAGGCUCAGCGGCUGAGCGUCAUGCACUGUCGCUGUACUCGCUUUGAGGUGCAAAGCGCAAUGAGGCUGGUGCUCAGCUGGGCACUGGCUGACUACUGUGUGUCCGCCUCGGUCAAAGCCAUCUCCAUGUACAGCAUGAGCACAGGGGAGAUGCUGAGAAAGGGCAAGUCGGCCCGUUGUGGCCUGACCUUCUGCGUGGGACGUUUCUUCCGAUGGAUGGUAGACACUCGCGUAUCUGUGCGCAUCCACGAGUACGCUGCUAUAUGCCUGACCGCCUGCAUGGAAGCUCUGGUGGAAGAGAUCGGAGCCCGUGUGCUCAUGUCUGAACGGGGUCAUCCGGGGCCAGAUGCGGGGUCAGCUUGUGCUCCAGUGAGUCCCGAGGCCUUGGAAGGAGUUGUCAACAAUGACGCGGAGCUAUGGGGAGUCCUGCAGCAGUACGAGCACCUGAUCUGUGGGAAGAACGCCGGUGGUGUCUUGUCCCUCCCGGCCCAUUUCAGUCCCUAUACAGAGAAUCAGCAGACUUCUGUGGACUGCAGGGAGGAUGCCUAUGCCCAGCUGGAGCUCAGGACGCUGGAACAGUCCCUGCUGGCUACCUGUGUGGGCAGCAUCUCUGAACUCAGUGACCUGGUGUCCCGUGCCAUGCACCACAUGCAGCGCCUGAGCUUGGUGCGUCCAGGGUUGAGUCCAGCCCGCCAUGCACGCCCCCAGCAGCCUGUGUCCUGGUCACCUGACGCCCUCCACACCCUCUAUUACUUCCUGCGCUGCCCGCAAAUGGAGUCCAUGGAGAAUCCCAACUUAGAUCCCCCACGCAUGGCACUAAGCAAAGAGAGGCCGUUCCUGUUGCUGCCGCCUCUGAUGGAGUGGAUCAGAGUGGCCUUAGUUCACGCUGAGCAUCGCAAGAGUCUGCUGGUGGACACUGAUGAUGUCAGACAGACUGCCAGGCUGCUCCUUCCUGGACUGGACUGUGAACCCAGACAGCUUAAGCCCGAGUGCUGCUUCAGCUCCUUCAAGCGCUUGGAUUCCAAGGCAGCCACAGACAAGUUCCAUCUAGAUCUGGGCUUCCGAAUGCUCAACUGCGGCCGCACGGACCUCAUCGGUCAAGCUAUCAAUCUGCUGGGGCCUGAUGGCGUCAACAGCAUGGACGACCAGGGGAUGACCCCUCUGAUGUAUGCCUGCGCUGCUGGAGAUGAGGCCCUCGUACAGAUGCUGAUUGACGCUGGCGCCAACCUUGAUGUGGCGGUUCCCCCGUGCUCUCAGAAGCACCCCUCUGUGCAUCCUGACAGUCGACACUGGGCGGCGCUCACCUUCGCUGUACUGCACGGACACAUCUCAGUGGUGCAGCUACUGUUGGAUGCUGGGGCCAACGUGGAGGGAGCUGCAGUCCGUAAUGGACAGGAGAGCACGGCCGACACCCCGCUGCAGCUGGCCUCAGCAGCAGGCAACUAUGAGAUGGUGACCUUGUUGCUGGCAAGAGGUGCCGACCCAUUAUCGAAGGCGUGCGGUGGAAACGCUCUGACGUCGUCCCUUUAUGAAGACAUGAACUGCUUCAGCCAUGCUGCAGCACAUGGCCACAGGAACGUGCUGAGAAAGCUCCUGACUCAGCCCCAGAAAGUCAAAGAGGACGUCCUGUCUCUGGAGGAGAUACUCGCUGAGGGGGUGGAGGGGGAGGACGCUGGCAUCUGCCCUUUCCUCCCUCUUCCCCCCCUCGCCAAUCCCUCCCCUGAGGGGGGCUUAGCCAGGCUGUGCAAGGCCAGGAUGAAGGCUCUGCAGGAGGCCAGCUACUACAGUGCCGAGCACGGCUACCUGGACGUCACCAUGGAGCUACGAGCGCUAGGCGUUCCGUGGAAGCUGCAUGUGUGGCUUGAGUCCCUGCGGUGUGCUCAGCAGCAGUCCAGAGUUGGGGUCACGUUGUCCCUCCUCAGAGAGUUCACCAGCAUCAGAGAAGAAGAUUACUGUGAGGAGCUGGUCACCAUGGGCCUGCCGCUCAUGUUCAACAUCCUUCGCACCACCAAGGUAGGCAACGCAGGCUGGAUUCUUCUUUUCAUCAAGCUACAACACGGAAACACAAAAAUAGGAUCAUCAGCGUUCAUCUUCAUCUUCACAUUCUUCUUUCAGAACGAUGCCAUCGUACAACAGGUGUGCAGCAUUUUUAGUCACUGCUUUGGCCCAGCUCCUCUUCCUGCUGUCCCUGAGGUGAAGGCAGCACUCUCAGCACAGUUGGACCCUCACUUCCUGAAUAACCAGGAGAUGUCAGAUGUGACUUUCCUGGUAGAAGGCAAACCCUUUUACGGCCACAGGGUCCUGCUGAUCACAGCCUCUGACAGAUUCAAAUGUCUGCUUGCAUCCUCUGGUUCUGAUAAAAGUGCCACCAAGCAGAUUGAGAUCAGUGACGUCAAGUACAAUGUUUUCCAGAUGAUGAUGUCAUACCUGUACUGUGGAGGAACAGAGUCGCUUAAAACCAAAGUGCCUGAUUUGUUGGAGCUGCUGUCAGCUGCUUGUGUGUUCCAGCUGGGGGCGCUGCAAAGACAUUGUGAACUCAUCUGCUCUCAGCUCAUCAACCUGGAUAAUGCAGUCAGCAUCUACAAGACAGCCAAGGCCCACGGUUCAGUGGAGCUGAGCUCAUUCUGUGAAGGCUACUUCCUGCAGCAGAUGCCUACUCUGAUGGAGAGGGAGACCUUCAGGAGUCUGCUGUUGGGGUACCGACCAGGCAACAACUCCACAUCCACACUGGCCCUCAACCAGGGAGAAUCACUCCUGGAGGAGCUUGAAGUUACCCUGGCUCGGCGUCUCCGCUCGCUCUACGUCACCUCCAGAGUCUGAGGACGGUGGGGAAGAGUGUGUUGUACGCCAACAUUUGGACUUGUGGCUAACAAGCUAGUUUAUGAUGAAGAUGGGACAGCGUUUCCCCAAGGCUCAGGAAGCCUUUGUGUAGAAUGAUGGCAAAAACACAAGCGGAGUUGUGAGCCGCUGCUGCCCUCUAGUGGGCAAACAAUAAAUGCUUUGUAAUGAUGGAGGGAAUCAGCGGUUCUCUGACUGAUGCAUCCACGGCCAUGCUGGACUUGUGGCCUUGAUCCAUUUCAAUUACAAAGAGUGCAGAAUAAAAGGAGGGUUUCUUUUCUGUUCCCCCCCCCCCAAAAAAAGGAAGACGACCAACAAAAGCCUUACUGGAGAAUGGGAAGGACUUUUGCUAUUUAAUGAGACAAGAUUUGAGAGUAUUUAACAGGGUCUUUCCCUUUUUAUUUCGUUUUUAUAUAAAUCCCAUCUAAUUGUUUUUGGUAUCCAUGGUAGACUUUUAACAGUCACUUAAGCUUAGGUAUACUCAUGUUACAGCAAAAGAAUGAUCACAUGGGGAGUGUGAGUGUGUGUGUGUUGACUAUUCCAAUAAAUAUACACUUGGUAAACACCAAAUGAACAAAUCUUACCUUUUACACAUUUCGGUCGAGUAACAGCGACCAUCCAGGCACACAGAAGAAAAAGCAAGACACGGCAACUGAAUGAGUUUAUUUGUUUCAGCACUGAGGAUGCUCACAGUAGUUAUGUUAAACGGGGAUUAUUACAUCGGCCUGUUUAGUUCCUGCUCUGACUCUCUGAAUCACUGAGCUGCUUGCUUUGCCAUUUGUACAAAACAAAAGGAGCGUGAACAUGAUGCUAUUGCUUCGUCUUUCCAAGUAUUGAUAUCCUCUCCCUGCGCCUUCCCGUCACACGUCGUCAGAACACUGAGCGGCACAGGGCAAAAGAGGCAUUGCUUUCAAAAGGUUGUGCGUGAGAUCAGGGGACCAGCGGGCGCAAGGGAAGAUUUGAAAAUAAAAAGGAGCAAAAAGUACAACAGAAAAGCUCGUUUAGUGGCAGCUGAGAGAACAUUAACACCAAAGCCAUGCAAAGAAAAGCUGGUGUUUGACAUGCACACAGCAAUACAAGCUAACGUAUAGGGCGGGAAUCCCCAGCAUGGUAAAGACGACAAUCAACCCCAUGUUGUGUUUUUCUUUGUUUUGCUUUUUUAAAUGGUCUAUAUACAAAGAGAAGGUCUGUGGAUCAACGAUGUCCUUCUCAGGCCUGGCCUAUGCAAACAAUAUGA